AUGCCAACAGGUGAAGAAAGAGAAUCACUUGUCAAUGGUGGCAGUGGUCAUUUCGAUUUGUCGCCUGAAGAAUUAAGCAAACUAUUUGACCCUAAAAAUGAUGAAUUGCUUAAAAAAUUAGGCGGUGUCAAAGGUCUCUGUAAACGUGUCAGAGUCGAUCCCUCGGUGGGUUUGUCUGCUGACGAAGGUUCCAGCGACUCUUCUCAACAACCCUUUCAAGAUCGCCAAGCUCACUUCGGUCGAAACGUGUUGCCAGAACCUCAAACAAAGGGCUUCUUUACAUUAUUAUGGGCGGCUUACAACGACAAGACACUCAUUAUGCUAAGUAUUGCUUCUAUUGUUUCAUUGGCUGUAGGGAUAUGGGAAGAUUAUUCGCCUCGUCAUCCUGAAGACGAGCCUCGUGUAGGAUGGGUUGAAGGCACUGCUAUUCUUAUUGCUGUCUUGGCAGUUGUACUCACAAAUGCUAUCAAUGAUUAUCAAAAAGAAGCUCAAUUUAAGAAACUUAAUGCUAAAAAAGAGGACCGUACUGUCAAGGUGCUUCGAAGUGGUCGCGAAAAGCAAAUCUCUGUUUAUGACUUGAAUGUAGGUGAUAUUUUGAUGUUGGAACCCGGUGACAUUAUUCCUGUUGAUGGAUUGUAUAUCAAAGGUCAUAACUUAGCGUGCGAUGAAUCUUCUGCUACAGGUGAAUCAGACACCAUGAAAAAGAAGCCUGAUGGUGAAGGCGAUUGCUUUAUUUUAUCAGGUUCAAAAGUGUUGGAAGGUGUAGGUCGUGCUGUUGUUCUUGCUGUGGGUGAGAACUCAUUCUUUGGUAAGACAAUGAUGUCUAUGCGUGAUGAUCAAGAACAAGGUACGCCUCUUCAGACGAAGCUUGAUACAUUGGCUGAACAAAUUGCCAAGCUUGGUUUUGCUGCUGCCAUUACCAUGUUGGUUGCUCUUGUUAUCAAGUACUUUGUUACUGCUGCUUUGGCUCCUGAAUUCCCUCCUGCUAGUGAUAUUGCUGCUUCCAUGAUUUCAAUUGUCAUUCAAGCCAUUACUAUCAUUGUUGUUGCUGUGCCAGAAGGGUUACCUAUGGCUGUCACUAUGGCUUUGGCUUUUGCUACUACACAAAUGCUUAAAGACUCCAACUUGGUUCGUGUCUUAGCUGCUUGUGAGACCAUGGGUAACGCUACUGCUAUCUGUUCAGACAAGACAGGUACUCUUACUCAAAACAAGAUGACGAUUACUGAGGGCACUUUGGCUCAAGAGGAAUUUGAAUCACCUGAAAAAUCAAAGGAAUGGUCUGAAAAGGUUGACAAGAAGAAUGUACUCUCUCUUAUUUUUGAAGGUAUUGCUUUGAACUCAACUGCUUUUGAAGGCAAAGAUGAGAAUGGAAAAGAAGACUUUGUUGGUUCUAAGACUGAAUGCGCUUUAUUGGCUUUCUCCAAGAACUUGGGUAGCAACUAUGAAGAUUUGCGUCAUGAUGCUACUGUCGCCAAAGUUUAUCCAUUUGCUUCCAAACGCAAGACCAUGACCACUAUCGUUGAAGUCAAGGAAAACUCUGCUCCAUCCACUUCUCAAUCAGAUUAUCGUAUUCAUGUCAAGGGCGCUUCUGAAAUUGUCUUGGAAAGCUGCAAAUAUUACAUGGAUUCCAAGGGUGAGUCUCAUAAACUCAACAAAGAAGCUCAAGUGAAGGUAAAUGGUAUCAUUUCUUCUUACGCUGACAAGGCCUUGCGUACGAUCGCUCUUGCUUAUCGCGAUAUCUCUAAAUCUGAAUACAAAAAAUAUUCUGAUGAUGAACCUCCACUUGAGGAAUUGACCUUAAUAGGUAUUGUUGGUAUUAUGGAUCCUUUGCGUCCUGGUGUUGUUGAAUCUGUUACUGCUUUCCGCGAAGCUGGUGUCUUUGUGCGUAUGAUUACUGGUGACAAUUUGAAUACUGCUAAGGCUAUCGCUCGUAAUGCUGGUAUCUUGACUAAGGGUGGUGUUGCUAUUACUGGUCCAGAACUCCGUAACAUGUCUGUUGAAGAACAGCGCAAUAUUAUUCCUCGUUUGCAAGUGUUAGCCCGCUCUUCGCCAACUGAUAAAACAAUUGUCGUUACUCGUCUUCAAGAACAAGACCAAGUAGUUGGUAUGACUGGUGAUGGUACAAAUGACGGGCCUGCUCUCAAGAUGGCUGAUGUUGGCUUCUCUAUGGGUAUUGCUGGUACUGAAGUAGCUAAAGAAGCUUCAGAUAUUAUUUUGAUGGAUGAUAACUUUAACUCUAUUUUGAAGGCCUUGAUGUGGGGCCGUGCUGUAAACGAUGGUGUUCGCAAGUUCUUGACUUUCCAAUUGACUGUCAACAUUGCUGCUGUCGUCUUGUCAUUUAUCUCUGCUAUUGGUUCCGAAAACGCCGAAAGUAUCUUAAGUGCUGUUCAAUUACUUUGGGUCAAUUUGAUCAUGGAUACACUAGCUGCUCUUGCUUUGGCUACUGAACCUCCUACCCAAGAUUUGUUAUACCGUAAACCUAUUUCCAAGUAUGCUCACUUGAUCAACUAUCGUAUGGCCAAGAUGAUUCUCGGUCAAGCCAUUUUCCAAAUCAUUGUCAACCUGAUUGUCAUUUACUUGGGUCCUCGUAUCUUCCAUUUGGGUGACUCUGAAUAUGAUGCCGAAGUUUUGCGUACUAUGGUCUUUAACGUCUUUGUGUUCCUUCAAGUGUUCAACGAAAUCAACUGUCGUCGCAUCGAUAACACCAUUAAUGUCUUCAAGGACAUGUUUGAUAACUGGAUCUUUAUUGCAGUCCAAGUCGCUGUUGUCGUUGGUCAAUAUUUGAUUGUCACUUUUGGUGGUAUUGCCUUCAAGACUGUUCCCUUAUCCUUGAACCAAUGGCUUAUUACUGUCUUGAUUGGUUCAUUGUCUAUUCCUGUUGGUACUGUUAUCCGCUUGCUUCCUGACUGUGGCUGUGAAAACAAGUUCAAUGAAGAGGCCAAGCCUUUAGCUAGUUAUUCCCGCAUGCAUUGGGAAAGUGCUAUCGGUGAUGUUCGUGAUGAAUUGCGCGUCUAUAGCCUCUUGCGUCGUAAGCGUGGAAGCAAAUCUCGUGAAAUCAACAAGCGUUCCAACACACAAGAUUCUGAGUCUACAGCUUUCAAUGCACACAAUUCCAACUAUGGUGCCAUUGGUCAUGAAAACCAUCAAAAGAAUCGCUUUGCAGAUCUCGUAAAGAAUGCAAAGAAGUUCAAUCAACAAAACGCUCAUGACAACAGUGAUAAUGACAACUAG